GGUACUUACGUCAAGGUCACUUUGGGGGGCAACCUGACUCGUCAUCGACGUAUUGAAAACUCCAGCAGCUGUUAGGACUAGGAUGUUUAUAGUCCUAAACAAAAGAAUAUAUAUAUUUCAAACAUAUCUCCAGCGCUCAAUUUAUUAAACUAAAUGAUAUUGGAACUUUAGUUUGAUUUUGGUGUCCAAUAACUGAUCAUUUUGCCUUGAUCAUCAACUCUCCACUUUGCGAAGUAUAUUACGUAUACGCAGCCUGUAAACAACAAUACUGACCGGAAUUCUUUUAAUUCAUUACAAUGUCGGUAGAUGUAAUCACACCACAACUAAGACAGAAGGUUUUAGAUCAACUCCGCGAAGUAACAUCGACUCGUAAACUCCCAAAAUCUCCGGAAGAAAUUGAAAAUCUCAUGUUGGAGAAAUCACGUGGUGUUAAAAAAACUUACCUGAACCUCUUAUCUAAAGUUAUCAACUCAAGUUCUACCAGUUCGGGUACACCAGCUAAUGUUCAUGUACCUCCAAACGAUCCUAAUAUUCAAAUGCAGUCCGUUGGAAGUAACUUUCAAUUGAGUGGACAGCAACCACAACAACUAAUGAAUACUCAGAUAAUCUCUUUACCACGAUCUGGACCUACUACAAUUCAAUCACAUCCUCAAAUCCUUCAAGUUAUGUCACAAAAUAUGUCUAAUAAUAUUAAUAAUAUACAAAUAAAUCAUAAUCGUCCAAGGUAUACUAUUAGUUCACAUCCUAUUCAACCACAAUAUCAAUCAUAUUCUCAAAAGGGUAUUAUUCAACAGGAUGGUACAAUUCUUGGAGCGUCGUCAGCACAUUGUAUUCCUGUUUCCACAAUACCUAAUCGUGUUUUUUUACCUUCGGGUGUUGCAGUUACUCAGUCUGGUCAAAUUAUUCAAUGUACCACAGGAUCUGGACAACAACCGGUCCUCAUAUUCCAACAACCUCAGUCACAAAAUACUUCACAAAUAACUUCGUUAUCAUCUGCUGAUCAGUCUCUUUCACGACAAUCAAUAAUCAAUUCUCAAACGAUGGGAUCAUCUACAUCCAUUAAACCAAGUUGUCAACAGGACGGCGUCUACGAACGUCUAUCUGGACGACGUAUUCGUGUGGCCACAUCUAGCCCAAACGCUGUUCUUAUUCGAACGUCUAGUUCUGGUUGCCUCACAGUUAUUAAUCCAUCAGGUACAACUAGUGAAUUAUCUCAUAUUAAUUCUGGACAACAUUCACUACACGGUGCUAAUGACAAUUCAUCAUUAUCUAUUUCUUCAACAACCGUGUCUAAACCUGUUCUCACAGUAAUACCAAAUCCCACGGGAACACAAACAAAAAUUAUCCGUCCAAGUUUAGCUCAAUCACCUAAAGUUGGUCUUAUUCCUAAUAGUCAACUUCAAACACGAUCCAAUGUACCAGUCACUCAACAGUAUCAACCUAGACCAACUAUACAAUCAAAUCCUACACCUGUAAUUUCAAAAGUCCAAAGUUUCGCACAAGGUGAAGUACUACAAAUAUCUGAUAAAGACAAUAAAGUACCUGAAACGUCUACUACUUCUAACACUACCAAUACUACUACGACUACCUCUACUACUAGCAAUAAAAAAGGUGGUGAAGUGAAAUCUUCUGAAGUUCAAGCUCAAAUUGUCAGCGGUCUAACUGAUAUAGCGAAUCGUUACUUAUCAACUGUAAAACAUGCAAUUCAAUUGGCAUCCAAAAGACCGGAAGCUGCUGGUUGUGUUCGAAAAUAUAUUAAAUUGAAAGAUAUUUUAGAACAUCCAGAGGCAAAUUUAAAUGUACUAUCAUUUGCACAACUUCCAUUAAUUGAAAAAUUAUUACAUGAGAUAGAACGAAAUCCAAUGCAUUUAGUUGAAGAGCAUCUUCAACGUCAAGCUAAAGCAAACGCUGCAAUUUCUUCUCAUGGUACAUCAUCGUCAUCAUCAUCAUCUACAAACACUAGUAAAAUCAGUACAAUAGGUCAUAUGCAAUCACAAAAACAAGAUAGUCAACAACAACAGUCUCAGCAGUCACAACAAAUUUCACGUCAUCAUUUGAAUCAACAAUCGUCCCAGUCACAUUCUGUUCCAGCUUCGAAUCAACAAAAACAUUCAACUGUUAUUAGUCAACAGUCAUUAAAUCAUUUCCAAGUCCCGACUACUAAUUUAAACACACUUCUAUCUCAACCUUUCGAUGCUCCAAGUCCAACUGGUGUAGUAGACAUUCAGCAACAAGGUAUUCAGCCUCGACCACCUACUCAUUUCUCAUCAGCUGGUAUAAAUCCCACUAUCUCAAGUACUCAAAGUUCUGAUAUAUCAACCAAAACAUCAACAGCUGUAUCAGGAUCAGUUGUGGAACAUGGUCGAUUGACACAUCCUAAUCGUGUUACUACAUCAGCUUCUCUGCUUGGAUCAUCUACUCAAAGUAAUACUGAACCAACAGGAUUUUAUGCUAGUUUACAGUUAUUAGCUACAGAAUUCGAGAGAAUGUCUGACCGUAUGUCACAAGAUCAAGCUUAUUCUCGUCGAAUUUCCAGAGCGAUUCAUGAAAUUUCACUGGAGACGAAAUCGUUCAGAGAAAGUAUUGGAUUUUGUCUACCUCAAGAUACAGAUCAAUUUGUUGGGCAUAAUAAUAAAUGUACCCUAACAACUGUUGAUGAUUAUUCGAAUAAAACAAAUCUAUUAAUUACAACGUCUAAUUUAACUGGUAACAAUGAUAAUAAUGAUACUGUUUUGAAUUCAUUAAAACGUAAACAUUCUUGUGACGAUGAUGAUAGUAACAAUAUCAGUCAACCAAAUACCACUGGGUUAAAUUCUUUUGUGAAAUCCAAUGAGCAAAUAGAUGAACCAAUAAUUAAUAAUACUGUGUCAUUGUCCCCGUCAUCUUCAUCUUCAUCAGUGAAUGAAUAUGAACCGAAAGCGAAGAGAGUAUGUGUUAGUUCAGUAUCUGGAAAUGAAAAAAAUGAAAAAUCCAAUUCACAUAUACAACACCCGACAUCAAUUAAUACUACUACUAGUAGCAAUAGUAAUUCGGAUGAAUUACAAACACCCACACUAUUAACUGAUAAGGAUGGUGCUGGUAUUUUCUUACCUACAUUGUCUUCACCGUUAUCAUCGUCUGUAAUUAAAACUGACCAUCAGGGGUUAAACGGUUCAUCCGUGGGAAACCGCUGUAAAUUGCUUGUCAGCUGAUUUAUUUCCAUAAGUUUCAAUAUAAUAUAAAUUCGCUUUUACUCCUUAAUUUUUUCUUAAUAUUAAGAUUGCUACUUAUUGUUUAUUAAUUAUGCACUGAUCUUCAUUGGAUGUAUUAUUAUUUCUCUCUUGUUAUUCUGUGAUGUGUAAUAGCUUGGUUAUAUGUUUUAUGAUUGUUUCAAGUUUCACAUCAUUCAAUUCAUUUCCUUGUUAAUGAAUUUAACUAAUCAAUGGUUUUACACUUUCCUAUUAAAUAUUAUCAUAGUUUAUGCGCUAAUUUUUCUCUUCAAACAUUUUGGUAUUAUGAUUAUUAAGUAGUAUUCAGUUUAUAGGUCAUAAUUCUCCCCUAUCACUUUAUUUAUUUAUUCAAUGUUGAAAAUGGCCCAUUGAACUGAGGACACAAAAUCUAAACAGAAGUGUAACAUAUAAAUAAAGAUGACAAUAAUUAAACAGAAAACAAUUAAAUAUCUAGCAGUGAAUUAUUAAGAAACUAUACACUAAUAAAAGAUAGAUUUUAUCAUCGUUUAACAGUUGUUAGAAAAUAUUUAUUGAAGCUUAAAUUAAGUUCAAUAACCGAAAUUUUUCUGUUAAUAUAAUUUCUUAAAAUCUAAUGGAUCUUAGUGAUUCAGUGAAUUGCUAGAUGAUUUCCACUAUAAAUUGAUUGUUUGUUUGUUGAAUGACUAUCUCGAGAUUAGAUUAUCUGUACUUUGAAUAUAACCUAUAUGAUUUUAGAGAUAGGACAAUCGAGUUUUGCAAUGAAUGUUUUAAAUUUUCGCAUAGGUAAACUCGAAAUAUAUAAAUAAUUCUGACUUGAUCCAGAUAAAGAUAUGCAAAUAUGUAAUCCACUCACCCAUGCUAAGCUAACUGACACUUGCAUUUCUCAUUAUGUGUCCUUUCAACGAUAUUUAAUCAGCCUUUUAUCAGCAUAUCAUCUCUUUAUAUUCAACACAUCGAUAAGAUGAUCUUCAAAUGCUUGAAUUCCCUUAGCCCCUUUCUUCAAUCAAUCAUCUUAGUGUAUGAUAAUCGAUAUUAUUUAUGUAAUCCAUUUAACUUAUAAAUUUUCUUCUGAUCUGAAUUUUUACUUAAUUUCCGUCUAUUUAUUUUAAUUAAAUAUAUGUCCAUUUAUAUCAGAUAAAAAGUAUGGUAAGUUGAAUAGUUGAAUUUGAUUAGUUCUUUGCUAUAAUUUCUUUGUCCGAAAAUUCCCAAUUAAUUUUUGUGCUACUUCGUUCAUCAAGUAUUAUUGUGAACGGAUUACAAUUGUAUUAAUUAAUUUGCUUAUUAUUACCGAAACUUUCACAGAACAUUUAUAUAAUGCUCCGCAUAUAUACAAUAGAUCUCUGGGCUACAUGCAAUUUUCACUGUUUUCUUUUUAAUAACCAAGACACAAAUAUGUGUAUGAUAAAACAUUUUGUUCAACCAUCUAGUUUGACGUUUACUUGAGUGUCUUUUUCUCACAAAUUGAUAACUGAAUUGUGUGGUUUUGUUUUCCUCACCUCCCCCUCCAAAGUUAUAAUUUGGUGGUAUUGAAAUGCUUUGUUUUAUUUAAUUGUUAAACAUAUCAGAAUCCUGUUGUGUUUGUUUUUAUUUUUUUUUAAAAACGUAUUUUUUACAAGGGAAAAAUAUUUCAGUUAGCUCAUUUCCGCUGCUACACAAGUGUUAACGUUUUAGUAAAGUAAAUAAAUUUAUUUAUAUAAAUUACCAGUCACAGAUCGAUUUCGUAAGGUUGAUGGACACAAGUUAAUGAAGCAAGGUUGACAGGAUAUUGUGUCAUAUAUAAAGAAUGGAUCAGUCUAUGAAAUUCAAUAUGCUAUACAUAAAACACUAUUAUUUUAUCAAAUAAUUUUCUGGAGAAAGAUGAUACAGAGACUAAUGUAAUUGUUAACAAUUUAUGAUUCUUAUACUGUAAAAUAUUUCAGUGGUGCAUAAAUACUUUCGAACAGUUUAUCAAUAGUAACGAAAUGUUCUAAAGACUGCAUCUCCUUACUCUGCUCCGUUGCCUUGUGGAUCAGACCAUUAGGUCGAAGGCUUCGGGUGUGACUGACCCCCUAAGAAAACCACCUGUUUCGGUUUGGGCACCUGGAUAGUAUCCCAUCCCUCACGCAAAUCGAAUGAUUUGUGUGACGCAUAUGUAUAUGGUGCCUCCUUGGAUUAUAUUCGUAAGUGCUUUAAUAUGCUAUUACCUUCAUUAUCUCUUUUAACUAUUUCCCAUAACUUAGACAUUCUAGUUGUAUAGGUAAAAGUGUAAUAAUAAUUUGAUUUAAUAUAAAAUUAGUUUUGUUCUGUGAAACUGUCAAACAUUUCUAACUCAUAUGGGGAAAUUGACUAGUUCAUAAAAUUGAAAUUUCACAGAUAAGUUCUUCAUUAUUUAUGCUUAAAUAAUAAUAAAAUUUGUUUGUUACAAUAUAAAAUUUCAUGUAGGACUGUAUAAGUAAUUAUAAUCAUUAACAUUUCAUCAGUAAUUUUCUGUAAUGCUGAUAUUCUGUUAAUAAAUAAUUUGGCCUUAAUAUAUAAAAUAUCACAAUAAAUUAGACUUUAAUGACAUAAUAGUAAUGUCUUAAUUUUAUAAUUAAUCCAUAAUGAUUUCAAAAGUCUAUUUGAGGUAAACCUUAUCCAAACCUGCAUACCAAAAUAGUACUGUUUUCAGGAAAUCUCAUCUCUAUUUGAGAAUAUUAUUUAGUAACAUAACUACUGAACUGAUAGAAUAGUUAAAAAUUAGGCCUCAUAGCCAGAUCCUAAUUGAUUGGAAAAUGAGUGGCCUACGAGCCAAUUUCCUCCGAUUGCCUGUGACAUUUCAUUGUGUUUAUUUGGCCUUCAUAUUAUGUUUAUAAGUAUUUUAUUUUAUCAUUUAAAAAACCUAUUCAUCUGUCCAGUGGUCUUUGUUAUAUCCGGUGAAGAUUAAAUUACAGGUAACUUCCAAGGACUAUUCAUGGACUAAUAUUCUAUAAAUAUUCCUAUUGUAAAACUACUCAACAAUUACACUAUGUGUAUUUAUAUUCCUCUUAUUAUAAGCUUUAUUUUGACCUAUAUUUUAUUAUUGUACGAUUUACUGUCCCUAAAUUAUGCUCAGUCUAUUAAUUACUGUCCCCCUCAUUCACAGCCACUUUUUGGCUUAUUUGUGUACAAAUAUUAUUUCCUAUUUUAUGGUACGUUGUGGUCUGUCUGAUUGAUAUAUAAACCGGGUAUGUCUGAAAUAAACGAUCUGGUCUGAUCUGCUCUGAUUCGAUUCAUAUUCGGAAGCUGGUAUUGUGUUCUGGACUCACGUGGAAGGGCUCGGAGGACAUAGGACCAAUAGGGACGCUAAACUGCCCACACUGGUUGAACGUCAUUGGUUGGCCUAGUGUGAAGAUUCGUAUAAGUCGUAUUCGGAUUGGUAGGUAAAUCGUGUGAUAGAAAAACCAGACGUCAAGGUCAUAACGGUCUUGUCUUUAAUUUCUGAUCAUUUGGAAGUUUCAGUCGAUUAACAAUACCGGCGGUCUGUUUGAAUAUCUGGGGUACCUGUCCGUGCCAUUUAAAUAUUUCAACAGGCUAUCUGUUAUUGUUUGUUUUGACACAUCAUUAUGUCUGUUAAUCGCAUAACCUAUUCAAGGACAUUUGUAAAACUUUUGCGUCACAAGUUACCAAAAAGUACAGUCGGCAACAUCGUGGUGGCUGGCAAUAUUCAUUGAUAAGAAUGAACAUUAUGCAGAUGUCGAUUCCUGAACUGCUAAUAUCUAACUGGUGAUCACUGAGUAUUUAUCAUCAGGAUCGAUCAAGAAAUAAGAAAAGGAAACUUGUUAAAAUACUUUGUUCUUAAGACUUCAUUUUGUACAAAGAAUAUGAUUUUGAGUAUAGUCAUUAAUAAUACUCAUUAAUUUCAUUUCAAAUUAUUAAAAGCCUCCUCCAUAAAAUGGCGUUUUAACACUUAUGUAGUAUUGUAGUCAAAAUAAUGAUUUAGGACAUCGAUAUCUUUAGACACUUGGAAACUAAACUCCAGAUAUUAAAAAAACAAAGAAUUAUUGUCUAUUGGAUUCUAUUUUUUACUUUCCGUUCAGUCUAACUUUACCUCCAGAUGAUUUAUUUGAUCAUUACAUCCAGUAGAUAAUUCUAUGCUCUUAGCCUUUGUAACUGCAUGUAUUUUAUACCGUAGAUUGAGUUAAGUGUUUAUAAAGUAUAUGCAUUUGCUAUGAUAACUUCGUCAGUUGCUUUCAUCUGUAAGUUUACUGUCAUUUGAGAAUUCAUGUUUCACUAUUUUUCCCUUGUUUAUACAUAUUUCUCUCUCUCUCUCUUACACACACACUUUAAUUCACUAGAAUUAUUUAAUUUUUCAAAGUAAUAGGAAAACAGGUUAAAUAUUUAUCUGAAGUUUUUCUUCACUCGUCUGUAUUCGUAUUUACAAUUUCGGCUUCAAUCGUCAAUCAGACGUUAAAUGUAUACAUUACUUUAGAUCUAAUUCAAUUAUUUAUUUGUUCGUUUGUUUGCCUAUUUUAUAGAGAAAUUGUUUUUACAAACAAA